GGUGGCUGUGGUGGUCUUCUCCAACAUGGGCGUCCUGGUUCUGACUGCCUAAGAGAAGGUAUUACAAGUGGAUAAAUGAUGUGCACUGCUCUGAGCCCAAAGGUACGCAGUGGACCUGGCCUUUCUGAUAUGCAUCAGUAUAGCCAAUGGCUGGCCAGCAGACAUGAAGCGAAUUUGCUACCGAUGAAAGAAGAUCUGGCCUUGUGGCUAACCAAUCUAUUAGGGAAGGAGAUUACGGCAGAAACUUUUAUGGAAAAAUUGGAUAAUGGUGCCUUGCUCUGUCAACUUGCAGAAACCAUGCAGGAGAAAUUCAAAGAGGGCAUGGAUGCUAACAAGCCUACAAAGCGUCUGCCUUUGAAGAAGAUUCCAUGCAAAGCCUCUGCGCCCUCAGGCUCCUUUUUUGCCAGAGACAACACAGCAAAUUUCUUAUCCUGGUGCCGAGAUUUAGGGGUAGAUGAAACCUGUCUGUUUGAAUCUGAAGGUUUGGUCCUCCACAAGCAACCCAGAGAAGUGUGUCUCUGUUUGCUAGAGCUUGGCCGGAUUGCAGCCAGGUAUGGUGUGGAACCUCCUGGUUUGAUAAAACUGGAAAAAGAGAUUGAACAAGAAGAAACACUUUCUGCCCCUUCUCCUUCACCUUCUCCUUCAUCAAAGUCUUCUGGAAAAAAGAGUACGGGGAACUUACUGGAUGAUGCAGUGAAGCGAAUUUCUGAAGAUCCUCCUUGCAAAUGCCCAAACAAAUUCUGUGUGGAGAGGCUCUCCCAAGGAAGAUACCGAGUGGGAGAAAAGAUCCUCUUCAUUAGGAUGCUGCACAACAAACAUGUCAUGGUCCGUGUGGGAGGAGGAUGGGAAACUUUUGCAGGGUAUUUGUUGAAACACGACCCCUGCCGGAUGCUGCAGAUCUCCCGUGUGGAUGGCAAAACAUCCCCCAUCCAGAGCAAAUCUCCAACUCUUAAGGACAUGAAUCCAGAUAAUUACCUGGUCGUCUCUGCCAAUUAUAAGGCUAAGAAGGAGAUUAAGUAAAACUAGUUGGUCACUACAAGGGGACUCUCCUAAUGGCCUGUACCCAUUUCUCCAGUGUAGUUAGUUUAGCUCACUUGCUCUGACAAUUACUUUGGAAAAAGGCGUAACAGCCAGAAAAAUGUCAUUAUUAUUGAAAAAUGUUCAAAGAGUAGCACUAUUUAUUUUGAUGCUUCUGUAGAACAUGACCAAUUAAAAGAAAUUCUAGGUUCAGAUUUAAACUAGAAAAAUUGUAGGCAAAUUAUUAUUUCUUGAUAUGUGAACACAGGAUUUAGUACACAGUACUAGAAGUACAAUUCUAGCUAGAGAUAAAAACUCUUAGAAGAAAAUAUUUAGGAUUUAUAGAUAAGUCAGCAGAAAGUGCCUGCUUUAUGUCUACAAAGUAAAAGCACCCCAGACAUUUUUAUAAUUGCAGGAUUUUUAAGCUAAUUUUUAAAAAGUGACAAUUAGUGUGAUAACGUGCUACUAAAAAUAUUCAACAGGACUACAAAUAAGUACAGAGUGUUCAUAACCGUAACACUUUACUAGAAAGGCCACUUCAGAAAAGUUUACAUUCACUUGGAAGAUUGCCUUAAAGUUUAUUCCUUAUCUAUGACCAAAUAUCUGGGGUACUUUUGGAAGUUUUCAGUACACCCCUUAGAGAAUUGCUUAUGAAGUGUUUCACACAUUCCUAAGCACAUGGCUGUGUUGAGACCGACUUAGUGUAUUUCACACACAUAAGCUGACAUACGUUUAUAUUUUGACAGGAUAAAUUGUACAGUCCAAUGUUCAUUGACUUCAUGUUAUUUUAAAGCAUUUUCUUA